AUGGCAUCACCAAGUAUAAGACAUGCUCGUCUCCACAGUCCAGGCUCAUCCACCGCCACCCCAUCAGCGUUGCCACCCUUGGCAAGAACCGAAUCUCCUGCACCCUCAUCCAGGGCUGCAGCUGCUGCAAGUACACCGAGCCGGGCUGCCGGAGUCAUGUCCUUCUCCAACAUCCUCUCCAGCUCCGAGCCAGUAUCCAAGGCGAGAAAGUCGCCCUUGGUUUUUGAAGACCAGCCCGUCAAGACCGAGAAGCUCGAUAAGGCAGACAAGGUGGACAAGGAAAAGAAGCCGGCGCGUCGAAGUGCCAAGGGACGCGCCUCCGACGUGAAGAACUCGGAGGCAACUCCCAAGGCUGGUGGCUCCCGAAGAACGUCCUCCAAGCCUGCAACCCCGUCGUCGGCACGGAUUCCCGCGAAGCGGCAGGCCAAUGGCCAACCCAAGUCGAAGAGCCUCUCCGCCAGUCAUGAGAAGGAGAUCCGCCAAAAGAUGGAACUCCUCGAUACCGAUGCCGAUGACCUCGACGAGAACGAGUACAGCGAGGAGCUCCGGGCUUGGAAGGAGCGAUCCCUCCGCCGACGCCAAGAGAUGGUUUCCCGAGACAUUGAACAGCGGCAACUCCGACGGGCAGACUUCUCCGACGUCGAGGCUGUCAAGCUCGGCCUCCACUCCGACCUUGGCAAGAGGCGUUACGACGACAUGUUCUACGACGAGGCCUUGCAGGAGGUGCGAGAGCGAGAGCUGUUUGCCGAGAAGGAGCGCAAGAAAGACAUGCAGCGCAAGAGGCGGCGGGAGAAGUCCAUGGCCACCACCAUGGAGCAGAAGAACGCGGCCCUUGCCCGAGCACAAGCCGCGCAGGACGAGGCCGAGAGGCAGAGACACCUGCGCGAGGCCGAGCGGGCCAACAAGAAGGUCCAACAGACCAAGCUGAUCCUCCAAAAGGGCAUCAAAGGGCCUGCCAGGAACCUGGGCCCCAUCGAACCCAACCUCGAGGGCGGCACCAUGGCCACCUUCCAGGCCGAGAAUAUGGAGCCCGGAAAGGGCAAGGGUAAGGGCCGGGGUGGCCCUCGUCCCAAGAAGUCCAAGGAGCAGAAGCAGGCCGAGAAGGAGUCGGCCGAGGCCGCCCAGGCCGCCCUCGAUGCCGGCCAGGAGCUUCCGUCCAAGGAGGAGACCAAGAUCCGCAUCAAACUCUCCAAGUCCAAGGCCAACAAGGACGAUGCGGAGAAAGACAAGGAGAAUAAGGAGCCCAAGGACAAAGACAAGGCUAGCGAGCCCAAGGAUCCCCUGGAGACCAAGUUCCAGUCCAAGGGCUUCAACCAGAUAUACGACCAGAUCUUGCGCGACCUCGCGCGCAAGGACGUCAACAAGACGUACAAGCUGGCGUCGGACUCGUACGCCACCAAGACGUCCAACCUCAAGAAGACGGCGAUCCUCGCGUCCAAGGAAGCCAAGCGGUGGCAACUGCGGACAAACAAGGGCACCAAAGAUCUCCAGGCCCGCGCGAAGCGGGUCAUGCGCGACAUGAUGGGCUUCUGGAAACGCAACGAACGCGAAGAGCGCGAGUUGCGCAAAGCGGCCGAGAAGAUGGAGCUGGAGAAUGCGCGGAAGGAAGAGGCGGAGCGCGAGGCGGCUCGACAGAAGCGGAAGCUCAACUUCCUCAUCUCCCAGACCGAGCUGUACUCGCAUUUCAUCGGGAAGAAGAUCAAGACCCAAGAGGUGGAGCGGAGCACCGACCAUCCCGACGAGGCCCCCGACGAGAGCGCGAAGGCGGCCGAGCACGCCGACGCGGACAUGGACAUGGACGUACCAGUUGUCGGGGCCAAGGUGACAAACUUCGACAGCCUCGAUUUCGACGCCGACGACGAGUCCACGCUCCGGGCCGCCGCCAUGGCCAACGCGCAGAACGCUAUCGCCGAGGCCCAGCAAAAGGCCCGGGCAUUCAACAAGGGCGACGAUCUCGACGAGGACGGCGAGAUGAACUUCCAGAACCCCACCGGCAUGGGCGAUGUGGCAAUCGAGCAGCCUAAGAUGCUCUCGUGCCAGCUGAAGGAGUACCAGCUCAAGGGCCUCAACUGGCUGGUCAACCUCUACGAGCAGGGCAUCAACGGCAUUCUCGCCGACGAGAUGGGUCUCGGGAAGACGGUCCAGUCCAUCUCGGUCAUGGCUUACCUGGCCGAGAAGUACGACAUCUGGGGCCCCUUCCUCGUCGUUGCCCCGGCCUCGACGCUUCACAACUGGCAGCAAGAGGUGCAGAAGUUCCUCCCGCAAUUCUCCGUCGUCCCGUACUGGGGCAAUGGCGCAGACCGGAAAGUGCUCCGGAAAUUCUGGGAUCGGAAGCACACGACUUACAAGCGUGAUACCGCGCCCUUCAACCUCGUCAUCACGUCGUACCAGAUGGUUGUCCAGGACGUCGCCUUCUUCCAGAAGAUGCGGUGGCAGUACAUGAUCCUGGACGAGGCCCAGGCCAUCAAGAGCUCGCAGAGCUCGCGUUGGAAGUGCCUGCUCAACUUCCAUUGCCGAAACAGGCUCCUCCUCACCGGCACACCCAUCCAGAACAACAUGCAGGAGCUCUGGGCCCUGCUCCACUUCAUCAUGCCGUCCCUCUUCGACUCGCACGACGAGUUCAGCGAGUGGUUCUCCAAGGACAUCGAGUCCCACGCCCAGAGCAACACGAAGCUCAACGAAGAUCAGCUGCGGCGUCUGCACAUGAUCCUGAAGCCAUUCAUGCUCCGUCGUGUCAAGAAGCACGUCCAGAAGGAGCUCGGCGACAAGAUCGAGCUGGAUGUCUUCUGCGAUCUCACCUACCGCCAGCGCGCCAUCUACCGCAACCUGCGCAACCAGAUCAGCAUCAUGGAUCUCAUCGAGAAGGCCACCAUCGGCGAGGACGACUCGGCCAGCCUGAUGAACCUCGUCAUGCAGUUCCGAAAGGUCUGCAACCACCCGGACCUCUUCGAGCGUGCCGACACCACCUCGCCCUUCUCGUGUGGCCACUUUGCCGAGACGGCGUCCUUCAUCCGCGAGGGGAACAGUGUCAUGCUCGGAUACUCGACGCGCAGCCUGAUCGAGUACGACCUGCCAAAACUCGUCUGGCGAGACGGCGGUCGGCUGUACAAGGCCGGUCAGGAUAACGAGAAGGCGGGCUUCCGGAACAGGUAUCUGGGUCACAUGAUGAACAUCUGGGCACCGGACAACGUCCAGGACAGCCUCGGAGGCACCGACAACUUCUCUUGGUUGAGGUUCGCAGACGUGAGCGUCCAGGAAGUCAACAAGGCAGGCCAGCAGAACGUCUUCUCGCGGGCUGCCGAGUUGUCGCAGAAGAAGAACCGCCUGGGCUACAUGAAAGUCGCCUACGACGAGCCCGAGGACAAGAAUUUCACUCCAACCCAUGCCUUGUUCAACAUUGUAUCUCGGGAAGACCGCAAACCCCUCGCCGACGUUGCGGACCGGGGAGUGCUGAGCCGCCUCAUGAACGUCUCCCGCGAAUCCUAUGCCGACUCGGGCUUCGGCCGACUUGAGCAAGCCGGUCGACCUAGAGCAUCUGCGCCGCCUGUCGAGGUGUUCUGCAACAGCCGGGGGUCGGUCAUCGAGAAGGAAAACAUCAUGUUCAAUGUACCAAUGCGGAAGACCCUGUACGGCCCCAACUCGGUCGAGGAGAAGGCCCUGGUCAUGCAGAGAGUCCCCCUCGAGCGACACCCGCUCCCGCCGCUCCUCCCCGCACCAGACAACGAGAAGAAGCGGUUCACCAACAUUGCCGUCCCGUCGAUGCGUCGCUUUGUCACCGAUUCCGGAAAGCUGGCGAAACUGGACGAGCUGCUCUUCAAGUUGAAAGAGGGUGGACACCGCGUGCUGCUGUAUUUCCAGAUGACUCGCAUGAUAGAUCUCAUGGAGGAGUACCUCACGUAUCGGAACUACAAAUACUGCCGCCUGGACGGUUCGACCAAGCUCGAGGACCGCCGGGAUACCGUCCACGACUUCCAGACGCGACCCGAGAUCUUCAUCUUCCUUCUAUCUACUCGUGCCGGCGGCCUCGGCAUCAAUCUCACGGCGGCAGACACGGUCAUCUUCUACGAUUCCGACUGGAACCCGACGAUCGACUCGCAGGCCAUGGACCGAGCCCAUCGCCUCGGGCAGACCAGACAGGUCACCGUGUACCGCCUCAUCACGGCCGGCACGAUCGAGGAGCGAAUCCGCAAGAGGGCGCUGCAGAAGGAGGAGGUCCAGCGUAUGGUCAUCUCGGGCGGUGGCAGCUCGGCGACUGGCGGCGGCGUCGACUUCUCCGGGCGUAGGGCGCCCGAGAACCGCAACCGCGACAUCGCCAUGUGGCUGGCCGACGACGAGCAGGCCGAGAUGAUCGAGCGGCGCGAGAAGGAGCUCUUGGAGAGCGGCGAGUUCGACCGCGCCACCAAGAAGCGCGGCGGCAAGCGGAAGAGGGGCGGCGACAAGGCCGGCAACCUCAGCCUGGACGAGAUGUACCAUGAAGGCGAAGGUCACUUCGACGAUAAACGAGCGUCCGGCGCCGCCACGCCCAUCGAGGCCGGCGGCAGCAGCCAGCGCAAGCGGCCCGCCGGCGGCAAGAAGGCCAAGACCACGAAGCAGCGCCUCGCUAUUGCUGACGGCCAGAUGGAUGUCUGA